CCAUGUGGACACAGGCGUGGAGUUUUGUAGGAUAGACUUUGUAUUGGCUGCAGGGCCAUUUGCCUCCCUUUCUUCAUUUCUCUCUUAAAGAGAACCAGCAGGAAUAUAAAGCAGCUUUUAGAUCUCUCUGGACUCCUUGUUGGUGGGAACUGAGGAACCUUUUCUCCCUGUGUGUGUUGAGUCUCGCCAAGUACCUGGUCCUUUAGAAAAAAUGAGUGAUCUGCUGGAUGACGGCUCUUUCAUGUUCACGUCGGAGUCCGUAGGAGAGGGACAUCCAGACAAGAUUUGUGACCAGAUCAGUGAUGCUGUCCUGGACGCUCACCUGAAGCAGGACCCAGAUGCCAAAGUGGCCUGUGAGACGGUGUGUAAGACUGGCAUGGUGCUGCUCUGUGGAGAGAUCACAUCUCGGGCCAACGUGGACUACCAGAAGGUGGUCAGAGACACCAUCAAACACAUCGGCUACGACAACUCAGACAAAGGUUUCGACUAUAAAACAUGUAAUGUGCUGGUGGCUCUGGAGCAGCAGAGUCCAGACAUUGCUCAGGGAGUCCAUGUUGACAGACAGGAGGAAGACAUUGGAGCAGGAGACCAGGGUCUGAUGUUCGGCUACGCCACAGAUGAGACAGAGGAGUGCAUGCCUCUCACCAUCGUCUUAGCCCACAAACUCAACGCAAAGAUGGCUGAUCUCAGACGCAACGGCACCAUUCCCUGGCUGCGUCCUGACUCUAAAACACAGGUGACAGUGCAUUAUGACCAGAGGGACGGAGCUGUGAUCCCCAAGAGAGUUCACACCAUUGUGAUCUCUGUCCAGCAUGAUGACUGCAUCUCACUGGAGGAACAGAAGAAGGUCCUGAAGGAGAAGGUGAUCAACACUGUGGUUCCUGCUAGAUAUUUGGACGACAAGACCAUCUACCACCUCCAGCCGAGCGGUCGCUUUGUCAUUGGAGGACCCCAGGGUGAUGCUGGUGUGACAGGCAGGAAGAUCAUUGUAGACACAUACGGAGGUUGGGGAGCUCAUGGUGGCGGAGCUUUCUCCGGCAAAGACUUUUCAAAGGUCGAUCGCUCGGCCGCUUACGCUGCACGCUGGGUGGCCAAGUCUCUGGUCAAAGCCAAACUGUGCAGGAGAGUUCUGGUUCAGGUGUCUUAUGCGAUUGGAGUGGCCCAGCCUCUGUCUAUUUCCUUGUUCACUUAUGGUUCCUCCCAGAAAACAGAGUCAGAGCUGCUGCAGAUUGUCAACAAGAACUUUGAUCUGCGGCCAGGAGUCAUUGUCAGGGAACUGAAGCUGAAGAGGCCAAUCUACCAGGAAACAGCCUCUUAUGGCCACUUUGGACGACCAGAGUUUACUUGGGAGAUACCCAAAAAGCUUGUCCUCUAAGUACUCCACCUGCUUGUUCUAAUCAACAACUCUUCAUGGGCUUUGACUGCCAACUCCAGCCACUGAUAGGACAUGUUUUAAUAGGAAGAACUAAAGCCAAAGUUAGGGAUAAGUCAGCUUUAAAGAGGCGAGAAGAUCAUUUUAAGAGUGGUUGUAGCCAAAGGGUGUAUAAUGGGACAUUCUCCCAAUGAGAAGAGAGGCAUUGCAGAGGACAUCUCAGUAACCUGUCCUUUUCUAUCCCACAAAACCUCCAAUUAUUGGUGCUUCAGAAACAUACAAACUAUCACUACUCAAAGCUCUUCCCUGUUAAUGUAAAGGAACACCACAGCAAAUAAAAUACUCUGAAGAUAAAUACACCACUAGAGCCAGAGUGUUUUAUCUCAGAGCUGUGAAUGUUCCUUUGUAAUGUACAGAAACAACCUCAGUGCUUCAUUUUCAAAAGGUGCUAUUGGCAACAGCAAGUAUUUCGUCACUGACUAUCACAUGAAUGUCUGAAGUGUAAUUUUUGCUCAACCAAAGGCUUGGCUUUAGAAGAAAAUUUAAUCUUUUUUGUUACGACUGUAAAAUUCUUUUUCUAAGUCUUAACUCGUAACGUAUGCUGCAGGAAGCUGUUUGCACUGUUACAAUCACCACUGUACAAGGAGACAGGGCAUUUAAAGUCAUUUAAGUCAAGACAAGUCAUACAAACGCAGGGAGAGCUCAUAUCUCUUAAGCAUAAAACAUGUUACAAUGACUCAAAUGUAAUGCAGUCUUAUGUUUUCAUACUUCUCUUCUUUUCCGUCAUGCUUUCAGCCCCGCUUUGUUUUAAUAUCAGCUUGCUUUUUAUUGUUACUCAGCUGCUGGCCGAUUUUUAUCUUCAUGUGUCUGUUUAUCUUUGUGUGUCUGUUUAUUUUUUACCUGCAGGCCUGCUGCUGUGACUGAGUCUGUAAAUGUGACUCAUUUUAACAAAUUAUUAGAAGUCUGAAGUCUGAUGAUUGUGAAUCAAUCUCCUCUUAACGGUGAAUCACCAAGCUGCGCAAUGUUGAUCCUAAAGUAUUUAGUGGACCACUGAUGUCUUAUAAUUGCUGGAUUUUGUUAGAAGCAUGUGCUAUAAAUUAAUAUCUGACAGAGUGCCUUGCUGCAGAUUUGUCUUUAUAUCUUGAAGAUAUUUUGCUAAUUUCUUACUCAAUGGGAAGACCGCUCUACCCAAAAACAUCCUGGGCUGUAGUUGAGUUACCCUGCAGGCCAAGAUUGUCUCCACAAAUUUCUCGCAAGGCAUUUAGAAAAUUGAAUUUUAAGUCAUCUUCCGUGAUUGCUGAAUCACAGAGUAUUUAAUCGAAUUCUGAAACACUUCAGAUGGCACAGAGGAAGUGGUAACAGUACUCCCCCUGGAAAACGUCAGGUCGGUAGAGGUUUAGGAUUUUUGCGGCAACAACCCAUGCCUUCAUCUACAGCCAGCAUUGUUUUUGUAAGAGAGGUGUUCCUCUAUUUAAUGUGUUGAAGUUGACAGAGAAACUGGACAAUGUAAAUAAU